CACAGUUUUGAAGUUGGUUACAGUUUAUACAAACUUGUUUUAAGGUGUCAACUGUUUUAUUUUUAGAAAAAAUAUUUUAUUUCAUUUGUUUAUUUUAAAUGUUAACAAGCAAAACAAUUGAAUAGUGAUUAAAAUUAUUGAUUCAAAAUCUAUUAUUUAUAAAUAAAAGUAUAAAAUGGAAGAUAUAUUUCAUUGGUGUCGAGAAGGAAAUGUCAUUCAAGUUCGAGUUUGGUUAGAUGAUACCGAACAUGAUAUGAAUCAAGGAGACGAUCAUGGAUUUAGUCCGUUACAUUGGGCUUCCAAAGAAGGCCAUUUAAAAAUUGUGGAGUUAUUGAUACAACGUGGAGCUCGAAUAAAUGCUACAAAUCGUGGAGAUGAUAUUCCUCUACAUUUAGCUGCUGCCCAUGGUCAUCGAGAUGUUGUACAUUUGCUAUUACGAAAUCGCGCUGACGUGAAUUUUGUUAACGAACAUGGUAAUACACCAUUACAUUACGCAUGCUUUUGGGGCUAUCAACAAAUUGCUGAAGAUUUAGUAACAAAUGGUGCUCUGAUUUCAAUAGCAAAUAAAGAUGACCAUACACCGUUAGAUAAAACGCGUGGCGCAUUAGCGCAACGUUUACAUGAUCUAGCCGUUGAACAAGGGCAAGAUUUAAAGAGAAUUCAUUUUAAAGAUCAAAGCAUGCAAGGUUUUAAAACAAGAUCCCGUGAUGCAACUUUAUCCAGGUACAAAGGAAUUAACAUAAAAGAUUUAACAUUGAUAACGAAAAUUGCAUCAACACCAUCCGGCGAAACCUUUAGAGGUCGUUGGCAAAAGAAUGACAUCGCUGCAAAAAUUCUCCGAAUUCGAGAAUUUACUUCACGUAUUUCACGGGAUUUUAAUGAAGAAUUUCCUAAACUACGAAUAUUUUCACAUCCAAAUAUUUUACCAGUUGUUGGAUGUUGUAACUCUCCACCUGAUUUAAUCGUUAUCAAUCAGUUUAUGAGCUGGGGUUCAUUGUACACAUUACUACAUGAAGGUACGGGUGUGGUUGUCGAUACUUCAAAAGCAUUAAAGUUUGCUUUAGACAUUGCCAGGGGAAUGGCAUUCUUACAUAGUUUAGAAAGAAUUAUUCCCCAAUAUCAAUUGAACAGUCGCCACGUAAUGAUCGACGAAGAUUUGACUGCUAGAAUAAAUAUGGCUGAUGCAAAAUUCUCAUUUCAAGAAAAAGGACGUGUAUAUUACCCAGCUUGGAUGUCACCAGAGGCAUUAACAAAGAAACCAGCUGAUAGAAAUCUGGAAGCUUGUGACAUGUGGAGUUUUGCAGUUUUAUUAUGGGAAUUGGCAACAAGAGAAGUUCCCUUCGCUGAUUUAUCACCAAUGGAAACUGGAAUGAAAAUUGCUUUAGAAGGAUUACGUUUAUCUAUACCACCGGGUAUUUCACCACAUCUUUCGAAAUUGAUAAAAAUUUGUAUGAACGAAGAUCCUGGUAAACGACCAACAUUUGAUAUGAUUAUACCCAUACUCGAAAAAAUGAAACGAUAAUUUAUUUAUAUUAUUGUUUUCUAUUUCAAAGUAAAGCUUUAUUAAUUCUUCUAAAGAUAUUUACACUAUUAAACCAGUAAAUCACAUGACUUUAUUACUCAUGACAAAGUCUUCACGAUUAGAAUCUAAUUAUGCUGUAGACGAUUGAUGUUAAAAGUUGUGUUUAGAAGGAAUAUUUUUUAUGUUGUGUUCAUUAAUUAUGUUCCGUAAUUAUUUUGACGUAAUCAUUAAAGUUUUUAGUAUAAUGGGUGAUCUAACUUUAGUUUCUGAACUUUCUCCAAACGAAAAACACAAAUAGAUGUUAGCCAUUACUUAUUUAUGAAAAAAAUGUCGAUUUAAAGGAUGCCUCUUGACCUUCUGCUUUAACGGCGAAAUAAAUCUCGAUUACAAUUUUCUUUUAAAAAAAUUAACGUUUUACCUACAUAAUUUGUGGCUUCAAUUUCGAUCCAAAAUAAUCGAGUCAGUGCGCCUUAAGAGAUUUUCGUUGACUAUUCAUCAAUGUCCUUUGAUCUCAAUGUAUUUUUUUUUUUGGGGAUGUGCAAGUGCUUUGUGAGUCAACUAGCUAUUUGUUUAUGAACAUAUUCUCAACUUUCGUUGAAAAAAUCAACGUCAACUUCCUAUUACUCCAAUAUUUAAUUUGCGCUUGGUUUUCCACUCAGGAACCUCAAGUUAGAUCACCCUUUAUUAAACAUAAUUAAUGUUUGUUUACUAAUAGUAUUCAUACUAAUUUGAAUGUUUAUAAACUAAUUUCAAAUUGUUAUUUAAAAAAUGUUAAUACUGUUGGUAAUCGAUUAAUGUUAACGAAUAUAAACGGUUAGGUUUAAUUAAAAUAUGAAAUAUAAAUAA